GCGGGCGUCAACGCCGUGCUCAUCGAGAGGCACCAGCUCACGGCCGGGACGACCUGGCACUCCGCGGGAAUGCUGUGGCGCCUCAGGCCUAGCGACGCGGACAUAGAGCUGAACGCCUACAGCCGUAUGAUGUGCAAGAAACUGGAGGAAGAGACGGAGAUCGCCAGCUGGACCGAGAACGGUGGCCUGUUCGUGGCAACCCACGCAGAAAGGCUGGCCGAGUACAGGCGUUUCGCGGAGACCGGCAAGUAUUUCGGCAUCGAGAGCCAAGUGCUGUCACCG